AAAGAGCCAAAGUUUAGCAACAUGUACUUUGGUUUGGUCCCGUGGCAAUGAUCAUGAUGAUUUGGUGCUAAAAGUCUUACAUUAAACAUCUGAUUGCUUGUAAAACAUCUCUAAAAUGUCCGAUGAUGCAAAGAAUUCUUCCCAGGAUGAUGCCAACAUUUUAGGCAAUUCUUCAGCCACCGAGCAGCCGCCAAACGGUCCUCGGGAGCAGGUGCCGGACAGCCCGAAGCAUCAGGCAGGGCAGAACGGUCCGCGGGACCAGUACGUAGUGGCGGUGGACGUGGGCACCACGACGUUACGAUGUCAUGUGUACGACAAGCUGGCCAACGUCAAGGGUUCAAGCAGCAAGAAGGUCCACUUGCUGCACCCUAAGCCUGGCUGGGUGGAGAUGGACCCAGAAGUCCUGUGGACAGAUUUUGUAGAUGUUGUGAACGAGGCCAUCCGAGCCGCGGGUCUGACAGCUGACCAGGUGGCAGGGAUGGGGAUCUCCACACAGAGGUCCACCUUCACCAUGUGGGACAGAGAGACGGGAAAACUGUACCAUAAUUUCCUGACAUGGCAGGACUUGAGAGGUGCAGAACUAGUGGACUUGUGGAAUAACUCUUUCACAAUGAAGGCACUUCAUGGUGGUGGAGGCUUGCUGUACUACAUGUCCAGAAGUAAACGGUUUUUGGCAGCUAAUCUCCUGAAGUUCCUUCCCCAGCAGAUAACCAUGAAAGUCAUGUGGAUGCUGCAAAAUAACCUCACAUUGAGGAGACGUGCCUUUAACGGACUGGUUUCGUUUGGAACUAUCGACACCUAUCUGCUAUGGAAACUCACAGGAGGCCAGGUCUAUGCUACUGACUACUCUUGUGCCAGUUCAACUGGACUCUAUGAUCCAUACAUAAAACAGUGGAACAAAUUCUUUACCAACUUGUUGAGCAUACCUAUCUCAAUCUUUCCUCCAGUGGAGGACACCAGUAAGAUCCACGGAGUCUGUGAAACUAAGUUGUUUGGUGCUCCCAUACCCAUCGCUAGUUUGGUUGCAGACCAACAGGCGGCCAUGUUUGGUGAGUGCUGCUUUGAUCCAGGAGAUGUGAAGUGCACCAUGGGAACGGGGACCUUUAUGGACAUCAAUGUUGGCAGUAACCCCCAUACCUCCAUGGCAGGUCUGUACCCGUUGAUUGGGUGGAAGAUAGGAGAUGAGAUUGUCUAUCUCGCAGAGGGGAAUGCCAGUGACACAGGAAAUGCCAUCGACUGGGCCAGGUCUAUUGGUCUCUUUGAUGACUAUACUGAAACAGUUGAGAUUGUGGAGUCCGUAGAGGAUUCCAAUGGGGUACAUUUUGUUCCUGCCUUCAAUGGCCUUCAGGCUCCAGUGAACGACCCCCGAGCCUGCUCCCUGUUUCUGGGCCUGUCUGCCACCACCACCAAGGCUCACAUGCUCAGGGCUCUGUUGGAGUCUCUUGUCUUCAGAAAUAAGCAACUUUAUGAAACAAUGCUGAACGAAACCAAAAUACCAAUUACAUACAUCAGAGCUGAUGGUGGGGUCUCCAACAACAGUUUUGUGAUGCAGCUGACCGCCGACCUCUUGAACCGGACGAUCACCAGGCCCAAACACGUAGACAUGUCCAGUCUGGGGGCCGCCUUUCUAGCAGGACUUGCUGUUGGCUUUUGGAAGGAUAAGGAAGAAUUCAGAAGGCUCAAAGAUGGGAUGACCAACCAUGUCCAGAUAGGGAUGUGGACAAGUAAAGAAGAACUGAAGGAUCUACAGUCUUCAGAGAAGGUCUUCCACCCCCGUCCUGUGUCUGAGGGUGUGUGGGAGAAGUACCGGCCUGUCGUGGAGCAGUGGGAAAAGGCAGUCAAGAGAUCCCUGUACUGGUAUCCAGCAAAGAACUAA